GCCUCCGGCUCCUCAGUACACGACCACCGUCUUGACAAACACAUGUCCCAUACAAUCUAAAAUCAACCUAAAGUUGCGCGUACGUGUUUUUCUACUGAACUUUUUAUCGUGUCAGUCGAGGCAAAACCUCCAAGUGGAGUGUACGAUGGCGAAGCUGCUCUGUGUGUGCUUGUUUGUGUGUGUGCAAUUAGUGUAUUGUCAGUUUGGGUUCUUCCCGUCACGAGACAACCGAGGAUUCAGCCAAAGUCUUCUAGACCCUUCCAGAAUAAGGCAAAGGAUUCAAACAGUUCUACACGUCCAACCUCAGAACAACAACCCGUCUUAUGGCUACCCCACAGAUGAAUACGGCAGACCCAUAUACGACUAUCGACCAAAUUACGAUUAUGGCAGACCGAAUUAUGAAUACAGUAGACCGAAUCAAUUCGGAAGGCCUCAACAGAAUCAAUUCUAUGAUCAAAGCGGGGCCAACCAAUAUGGCUUUCAAAAUCCAGUAAAUCAAAACAAUUAUCCACAAAGUCAGUUCCCAAACACAGGAUUCAAUACUCAACGACCAGAAAGUCAAUUUACUAACACCAAUGGUAAUGGCUUUCAGAAUCCCCCAAGUCAAAAUGAAUUCCAAAAUCCGCCAAGCCAGAAUGGUUUCCCUGAUUCCAUCAGUCAGGUUGGGUUCCCUACAGCGCCACCAAAGAAUGAAUUUCCUAAUACCAAUGAAAAUGGAUUCCAAAAUCCCCCAAGUCAAAAUGAAUUCCAAAAUCCGCCAAGCCAGAAUGAAUUCCAAAAUCCGCCAAGUCAAAAUGAAUUCCAAAAUCCCCCAAGUCAAAAUGAAUUCCAAAAUCCGCCAAGCCAGAAUGGUUUCCCUGAUUCUAGCCAAGUUGGAUUUCCUACCGCACCAAAGAAUGAAUUCCCUAAUACCAAUGAAAACGUAUUUCAGAAUCCACCAAGUCAAAAUGGAUUCCAAGAUCAACCAAGCCAAAAUAAUUUCCAAAAUGAACCUACUUUAGUUGGCUUCCCUGAUAGGAGUAGCUUUCAAGAUAACCCAAGCAGCGAUAUAAAUUCAAACGCACCAAAAGAAGCAAAACAAAAUGAAGAUAGUCUCAUUGUGAUACCUGGAAACACUGAAAACAUAGUAACUGAUGGAGAUUCUCUCAUUGUGAUUCCUGGAAACAGUGGAAUUGCGGUACCUGAUGGAGAUGCUUUUGUUUUUGACGGACCUAGCAAUGUUGCUGACUCUCAAGACGAUAAAACUUCAGAAAUCACUAAAGCUACAGAACAAACUCCUAAAGUGACAGAAGAAUUUACGAAAGCUACAGAAUCGACUACAGCAUCUGCAACAACAUUGCCGUCCUUGACUCCAGUGUCGGCGGACUCAAGGAACAAUUUCAACUUUGGGCCGAGUGGCAUCUUCCAGGAAACCUGCACGACGGUAGAAAAUGAGGUGGGCAGCUGCAUCUCCGUUAUGGACUGCCGGCCCUACCUGAAGCUGAUUCAGGAGUCAAGAAGCAACCCUAAUGCUUUAAGGUUAUUACGACAAGCUCACUGCGGCUUCCAGGGAAAUGACCCCAAGGUUUGCUGUCCCCGCCCCGGCAUUCCUACUGGUUUGCCCCCCACUCUUCCUCCCACCGAGCCCACUUCACCACCCACUCAGCCCACGGAGCCCACUCCAAGCCCGGAGCCUAAGGAGCUGGAUCAUUUGGAGGCCGUGUCGCUGCCAGAAGCCCCCGUGUGUGGCGUCAGCAAUGCAUCCUUUAGCAGGGUUGUUGGAGGCAUUCCUGCUAAGCUGGGUGACUUCCCCUGGAUGGCGUUACUGGGCUACAAGGAGCGGCGCGCCGGCGCCGGCGCACGCUGGCUCUGCGGUGGAUCGCUCAUAUCCGCCCGCCACGUGCUGACUGCCGCCCACUGCAUACACACCAGGGAAAAUGAUCUCUACCUUGUGCGUUUGGGAGAGCUGGACCUCGCCCGCGACGACGAGGGCGCCACUCCCGUGGACGUGCCCAUCAAGACCCUGGUCAAACACCAGGAGUACAGCCCCAAGUCCUUCACCAACGACAUCGGCAUUCUCGUUCUAUCCCGGAACGUGCAGUUUACAAAUUUGAUCCAGCCCAUCUGCAUCCCGCGCAGCGGCGACCUGCGCUCGCGCAGCUACGAGGACUACACGCCGCUUAUUGCUGGAUGGGGAGACACCGAGUUCCGUGGUCCAUCUGCUACGCAUCUGCAAGUUCUCCAACUGCCAGUAGUCAGUAAUGACUUCUGCGCGCAAGCGUACUCGGCGUACAAAGCACAAGUGAUCGACCAGCGAGUAUUAUGUGCCGGCUUUAAGAAGGGGGGGAAAGACGCUUGCCAGGGUGACAGCGGAGGGCCGCUCAUGCAGCCUAUUUACAACAGUGAGACAUACACGACAUUCUUCUACCAGAUCGGAGUAGUAUCGUACGGCAAGAAGUGCGCCGAGGCCGGUUUUCCGGGCGUCUACACCCGGGUCACCAACUUCGUGCCCUGGAUAGAGGAGACUAUAGCCAACAAUUGAUAAAGAAAGAACUAGCUACUACUCACCAAUGAUUUUACAAAUAUAGGUCAUUCCACGAGAGUUUAGGUGAAUGAUUAUAAUGCCAUAUCAAAUUGAACGGAAUAAAUGUAAACAAACUGCUGUCACUGUCAAAGUAAAACAGCUUUUUAAUUUCAUUUCAAUAAAUGUAUCGAAACAUUUUGUUUUUUUAAGGGUCACUUGCACCAACGAAAAUGGAGGAUUAACCAGAGGGUUAACCCACCAUUUUAUAUGGAAUUUGACAGUUGACAGCCCACUAACCCUGAGUUAAGUGGUUGGUGCAAGUGAAUAUAUAAAGAUUUCAAAAUAUGGCAGUUUUUAAUACCUCGAAUGGUGGAUUUUUUUUAUUAGCACCGGCCUCACCUUUGUUUACAAUAAUUCCGUCUAAUUCGGAAUGGCGGUAUAGUGUAAACCUGAGUGGACACUCGGUCGGCGGGGCGUGUGCUCGUGUGCACGUGUGCACGCUAUGCAGCGUCGACACAAGUAUGAGCUUCAUUCAAUUGUUUCACAUUCACGCCGCACGCUCAAUAUAAGCGUGAACUCAGGCAUUAAUUUUACGCUUAUUGAUUGGUAUUUCUUGCGUUGGCGUGUUGAACAUCAAUUUUAGCCAGUAAGCUUAGAGACCGAUUAAAAGCGGAACAUUUCACUGACUUGAGAGGAAAUGGGCUCAAACCCAUGACCACUGGAUCCCUAGCCCAGUGCUAUAUCAUCUGAGGAGCCAAGAUGUCAACCAACAGUUAAUAUACCUACCAUAUGGGCCUAUAGAUUAUAGCUCUCUGUUUUUUUAUAGUUAAUGGAAAGGUACUUAAAUAAUAUUAGUUUGUAUAGUACUUGGAGCUUAGACUUUUAUAAAAACAUUUCCAGGCGAACGAGGGCUAAUUUAUGACAAAACUCAAUUAUAUUAGGUUGUAUAUUUAUAGUAAGUACUCAUAUUGUAUUUUUGAGUCAUUGUCCACACGAGUGUUUGUGUUAAGAUUAUUGUAGGUGCUUAUAUUAUAAGGAAACGAAAUCUCACAAUUAGAGGUAAUGUUAUUACAAGUACAUGACAAGACAUACAUUUAAUUUUAUGCUUACAAAACCUAUCAUAUUUUUCCUUUAUUCGUUUUAAUACUUAUUAAAUGUUAAAAGAGACAUUACCUAUAAGAUCAAAUUAUGAAUACAAUUCCCAUGUGACAGUAUUUCUGAUUGUAAGUCCGUUUUCACGUUAUCCGAUCCGAUAUCGGAUGUCGGAAGGAUUUCAAUGGAAAAAAUCCAAGAUGGCGCCUGUAAUGUCUGGGGAAUCUGUCCUACAUCCGAUAUCGGAUUGGAUAAUGUGAAAACGCACUAAGAGUGUUUUCACUUAUUCGAUCCUAUGUCGGAUGUAGGAAGGAUAUCAAAGGAAAAAUCCAAGAUGGCGUCCUUAAUAUACAGGAUAUCAGUCCUACAUCCGAUAUCGGAUUGGAUAAUGUGAAAACGCACUAACUCAAUACAUUAGUUAUUUGUUAUCUUAUCAUUAUAUUUAUUUAUUUGUAACAUAAUUUUAUUUAAGUAGGCGUUUAAGCUUUAAUUAAGUUUUUUUUAUAUGAAAUGUGGAUUGUUGUUUAUGCACUCAGUAAGAAUAAAGUUCAUAUUGUGAAUAA